GAGAGGCUCGCAGGCAGCGCCGCGCCACUGUUCCGACUGGAUUGUACUUGAACGGGAGUUCGCGGUUUGGCAGGUUUAUACACAUCAAAACAGAACAAAGAGACGCUGCUAUAAAAGAAGAGAGGGAGAGAGGAGCGAAUAGAAUAAAAGCGACUUGAAUUACAAAAGAAGUGAGGACGCUCUGGUUUUCCACAUCCAUAGCUGGACCUAAAACUGGGAGAAUUUUGGGAAGCUUUUUAUUUUUUUCUUCUGGCUUGUUUGUUUGGGUUUUUUUUUUCUUUCUGAAAGUUUGUUUGGGACGCUUCUGUUUUGAAUUUUAAUGUCCACGAUCUCAGCGCGAAACUUUCACCCACGGACUGCACAUGGUUUCAAAGGGCUUUCAGAGGAGCUGGGACAUCUUUCCACGUCGUCCACGCAGAAGAGUCUCAGCUAGAAUGUUGUAAAUACACGCGGAUUUGUUCCAGCCGCUCCUCCGCGUCUUUACGCGCAUCCAAAAAAAUAGAAGACGAAGAAGAAACUGCACAGACUUUUAAAAGGCUGAAUAAUUCAUGAGAUACGAUUUGCCUGCUGGAAAGAAGUGACUGUAAAAAAAGGGAGGGGGUUAUCCACAAACAUAUUCAUAAGGGUUGACGGGAUGGCCACCGCCGCUUCCAAUCCUUAUCUGCCCAGCAAUAGCAUCUUAUCGUCCGGCUCCAUCGUGCACUCUGACUCCGGGGGUGGCGGCAUGCAGCCCGGCAGCGCCGCGGUUACCUCCGGGUCUGGGGGUUACAGGGGAGACCCCACGGUUAAAAUGGUGCAGAAUGACUUUAUGCAAGGCGCUAUGGCAGCGAGCAACGGUGGGCACAUGCUGAGCCAUGCCCACCAAUGGGUGACGUCCCUGCCGCACGCCGCGGCGGCCGCAGCUGCAGCCGCUGUGGCCGCAGCCGAGGCCGGCUCGCCCUGGUCGUCCAGCCCGGUUGGGAUGACGGGCAGUCCGCAGCAGCAGGACGUGAAGAGCUCCGCCAGAGACGAUCUGCACACGGGCACCGCGCUGCACCACAGGCCGCCCCACUUAGCCCCGCAUCACACGCACGCCGGGGCGUGGGGGAGCACCACGGCGGCGCACAUCAACUCCAUCUCCGGGGGGCAGCAGCAGCAGCAGCAGCAGCAGCUCAUCUACUCGCAGCCGGGGGGCUUCACUGUGAACGGCAUGCUGAGCCCCGGCAGCCAAAGCCUGGUGCACCCCGGUCUGAUGAGGGGGGACACCCCGGAUCUGGAGCACGGCAGCCACCACCAUCACCACCACCACCAGCACCCGCACCACCAGCACAACCCCACUGUCAACAGCCACGACCCGCACUCGGACGACGACACGCCGACCUCGGACGACCUGGAGCAAUUCGCCAAGCAGUUCAAGCAGCGGCGGAUCAAGCUGGGCUUCACGCAGGCGGACGUGGGCCUUGCCCUGGGCACGCUGUACGGGAACGUAUUCUCGCAAACCACUAUCUGCAGGUUCGAGGCGCUGCAGCUCAGCUUCAAGAACAUGUGCAAGCUGAAGCCGCUGCUGAACAAGUGGCUGGAGGAGGCCGACUCGUCCACGGGGAGCCCAACCAGCAUCGACAAGAUUGCGGCACAGGGCAGGAAGCGCAAGAAGCGCACCUCCAUCGAGGUGAGCGUCAAGGGGGCCCUGGAGAGCCACUUCCUUAAGUGCCCCAAGCCAUCGGCGCAGGAGAUCACCUCGCUGGCGGACAACCUGCAGCUGGAGAAGGAGGUGGUCAGAGUGUGGUUCUGCAAUAGGAGGCAGAAGGAAAAGCGGAUGACGCCGCCAGGAGUGGCGCAGACGCCGGAGGAUGUGUACUCUCAGGUCGGCAAUGGGCAUUUUUUAGUAGAUUACUUAAAAGAUGAAGCGAGCGACCAGAGGGUGACAACCACAAGUUCAUUCCACCAGGUAAUUUUGGCGCAUUGAGAAGAGGAACUUCUCCUUAAUUUUAUUCUCAUUAUUUUCUCUCCCUGUUGAAAAGUAAACACCCAAUCUGCAUUUCCCCCCACUUUAUCAUGUUUAAUUCAAGAAACAUUUUGUAUAUUUGAAAAGAAAAACGGGACUAAAUCAUUUUCCAGAGAUCCACGACGCUUCCAGCUUCCUUUUUUGGAGGGGGUUGGAUUUUUUCCUUCCUCUUUGUAUUUUCUUUUUCCACCCCUUCUUCAUCUUUAAAGAGGAAAGCAAAGCAGGACUGUCUGGUGUGAUCUCAAAGAUCACCUCCUUCCUAUUAUCAUUAUUUAACGGACACAGUGAGUGGAUUUUCUUCUCUCUAUAAAUAAAGAGAAAACGGGACAUUCGAGCUGCACUUAUUUCAGAUAUAAAAAAAAACAACAACGAAAGUGUGGAAUAUUGCUGCCCUUUGUAAGCAGGAUUCUUUGGUAGGUUUUAAUAAACAACAAAAUAUAAAAAAAUAAAAAAAAAACAAUGUAAAGCUGGCAAUAUAGAUCAUCUGAUCAGAUAUUUUUUUGUUUAAAUAUUUUAUCCCAAACGGUAAUUUAUUCCUGUGGGUUUUUUUUUUUUGGUUUUUUUUUGCUUUAUUUCUGGUUAUUUCUUUCUCUAAAAGGAGCACAAAUCACAACAAGCAGACCGUUUGUUCUAUAUAGGUAAUAAGGGUAUAUUUUGAUGUGAAUUUCUAUUUUUCUUUCCUUUAAUUUUAAUUUUUGUUUUGGACUGUAUAUUUAAUUUCCAGUAGUGGUUCCGUACGAGCUGACUGAGACAAUAAAUUUGUUAGAAUGAAACGCAACAAUCUUGUGCUGCUGUAUUAUUAUUAUUAUCGUUAUCAUGCUGGUUAAUUUGAGGUUUUUUGGUUUAUUCUGAGUAUAAUUUGAAAUGUGUUUAAUGCCUGCAGAGAAGUUGAAGCUAACUGACACAAAGCAGAGCGCAAAACCCCAAAAUUUGCGCAAUAAAUAGGCAAAGAAACGCGCGUUAGGGUUUUUCUGCAAGCUUGUUUCCAUCUGCAGCGUGGACGAUAAAAAAAAAAGAAAAGAUAAUGCAGGUCAUCCUGCCAAUUUUGCGUCACUUUCUGUGCAUCUUGGUGCGUAAAUGUUCUGCUCGGGUGUUUUUAGAGGCUCAGAGGCCACAAAGGUCACAGCGCGUGUUGACUGGCUCUGUGCUGAGGUUUGCACAUUUACCAGCUAUCGUUUUUUUUUCGCCCCAGACUAAUUUCUUAUCUUUUUCUUGCAUCUUGGGGUCGCCUGAGCGAAACGUACCCAAACGUGUCCUCUCGCUGCAGGAUUUGAAUUUCGCGGAUAGCCCCCCACGCCCCUACCUCCCCUCUCCGCACCCCUCCUCCGCCACCACCUCCUCCCCAAUAGUCGCUUAGCAACUGAAUUCAAUGAUAAAGAAGGAGCGGGCAUCAUUUUUCUUUGUCUGCGUUAAAGAAAGUGGUGUCAGUGAAGUUUAUUUUAUUUAUAUAUUCACUUUUCGUGUGUUUUGGUGUUAAACAGGUGUAUAUGGGAACUCGAGACGAGAAUGGAAGAACAGGCGAGCAGGUCUGGCUUUAGGCGUAAAUAAACUGCAGGUGCGCAGUGACCUAACCUGCACAUCCAGCCAUUUAAGGCACAGGCUUCACUUAAAACAUACGCACGUAUUUAUUUAUAUUGGGCUGCAUACGCAUGUGCAGAGACGUCCCAGCAAAUCUGCGUGGAUGUUUUUCCACCAAAGAAAGACACUUUCAAACAUCCUAAUGGGUUUUAAUUCGCAUCGUCUUAUGUAGCUUUCAGGUACUUUUCAUGGAGCUCCGUGUUGGCGCAGCUUUGCGCAUGUUUGCGGAUGUGCGAGUAGAACCAAGAAGUUUGUUUCUUAAAGGAGAUGACUCAGGUGUAUCUUAAAGCGGAAUAAAACGACGUAAAAGGAGAAUCGAUUUAGAAUAAAACCAUUUAAAAAUGUCAAAACUUUACAAGUAGACAUCACUGUAAAAGCUGACACUGUUUAAAUAAUCACUACGUCAGAUUAUUAGUCUCACCAAUCUACAUUUUCCUUAAAAAUAAGAUGCUUAUCCGAAUCAUCAGGCUUUUUUAUGGGCUUGUUAAAAAAAGGAAACCCACAAUAAACCUAGUUAUAAGGCCACACACGCCCCAGCGCACUCCUCCACGUUAACACUCUAUUAAUCAGAUUUAUGAAGUUUGAUAAAAGGUGGCUGUUCAAGCAGUUGUUUCAGUCUACCUUUCAGGUGAAAGGAUAAAACCGUGUAAAUAUGCGUUAUGUUUGCUCCACGUGUCA